AUGCACUUCCUAAAUUGCCCAUUCGACAAGGCAAAAACCAAGCUGGUUUUUAAAUCCAAAGUGGAGGAAAAAAUAAACGAAUGUAAAAACAGGGGCACUGUCACCACCCUAGACACAAAGGAACAUUUCAAAAAUUGCAAAAUAAAACUGAGCGACGAAUUUGUUAGCAGUUGUAAUGCGAAGCUCCUAGAAGACAUUUUAAAAAUCAAGAAAAAAUUAAAAGUAAUUUAUGACGUAAAAUAUAGUAUUAUUUACAGCAUUUUGUUAAAAAGGGGGGGAAAAGAAAAAACUGGGAAAUGCAAAAAUAUAAGUCCCAAAUAUGGUGCAUACAAAAUUGUGAGAAAAAACACCUCUUAUUUUUUAAACCAAUAUCUUCUUUUAAAAUGUAUAUACCAAAGCGCGUACGGCAAUAUAUACAGGUGCAAAAAUAUUGUGGACAACAAAAAAUACUGCUUGAAAGUUUUUCACGUAGGAAUUUGCUUAAAGCAGAAUUGUCCCUACUACGUUAACAGCCAAGUGUACUUAACUAACUAUCUUUAUAAAAUUUUAAAUGAAAUUUUUUUUUUAAAUUAUCUGGAUAAUCAAAAUGUAAUACAAAUUGAAGAGGUACUUUUUGACCAAAAAAAAAACAUCCUAUUUACCCUUAUGCCACAAGUACCCUACCAAUCUAUGUAUUUCAAAAAAAAAUACGGCAUAUAUUCCGUGCAUGCCAAAAAAACGCAAAAAAUAGACAACAGUUGUGUAGAAGUACAUCUAUACUCAGAGAAUUUCCUCAAACUUCUGUUUUUAAAUAUCUACGAUACACUGACUUAUUUGUUACACAAAAGUGUGACGUACCUUGAUCUGAAGCCGGAUAACAUACUACUAACCUGUAGGUACGUACAAGAAAUAUCUUCCUACCAUGUACCUGUGAAACGAAAAAAACGAAACAAUCCCAUCGCGACGGAAACAAAGUGUGUAGAGAUAUCCAAAAUACAAAUGGAUAUCCAAAAAAAGUUGAACGAAAAUUCGAAAAAAAGGCCGAAAAAAAAUGACAGCACCGGCGGUCAUGCUGAAAAAUUGUACAAUAUAAAUAUUUUCCUCAGAAAAAAGGAAAAAAGGACAAACGAUCUGGAAGAAAAAAGGCGCCGCAAAAUGCUUUACACACACUGCCAUUACAAAAACAUAACCCCCAAAAGAGUGAAAAAUAAAAAAAUUAAAUAUAUCCAUAACGUGGAUUUAUCUAAGUGUUACGAAUACGACACGAAUGUAAAAAAAGUAUUUUUUGUAAAAAACAAAUUAAACGAUAUUUUUUUCUCAUCACACGAUGCCACUUCGUACAUUCAAACCUUCGUUAAAAAGAUGAAGCGAAAAGAUGUGCCCCCAAGCGAUGGCCCCCCCAAGACACCUCCAUUUAAAAAAGAGGAAACGAAAACGAAAACGAAAGCGAAAACGAUUUCAAAUAGUGCACAUAAACUACGCGCAAAUGGCUACCUAAUUAACAAAAUAAAAAACCUGUCUAUUUUUAAACACAAGUCAACAAAUUCGAUCAGCUUUCUAAAAUUUUACUGGCUAUAUUUUAGCGAAGAAGAUUCGGGAAAAUGGAGCGGCGCCCUUUUGCCAUACCUAGAUGUAUAUUUCGUGCAUAAACACCUUUGCAAAGGUGAGGGUACCGAUGGUCACGCGUUAAAUAUAGGCGUCCAGCGGAAUGGCGGCAGCACGGAUAGGGGUGAUCCCCCUCAAGAACGUAUCCAUAGCGACAACCCCCACGAUGCUGAUAUGCUAAAAAAUGAGCCUAAUCAAAAAGACGAAUUAUAUACAGAAGAUUCAAGUGAGUUACCCUUCUCACAAAAUGAAAACUGCCACCACAACAUCAUCAAGCUAAUAGAUUUCGAUGACUGCUCCUUUAUUCUGAAAAACCUCAAUGUGUAUAGCCCAACAACGGACAUUUUUAACUCAUUCGAGGGCUUAUUUGAUGUGUCUAAUGCAGAUGUCCACCUUUCGAAAAAGCUGUCGUACAACUUCGGAUCCGUGUUGUAUACCUUCCUGUUCGGACGAACGCCGUUCUACGGAGACCACAUUUUUGAAAUUUAUCAGAACAUGAAAAGCAACAAAUUGGUUUUCCCAAAAUAUCGAAAAAUUGACAAGGACUUAAAACGCUUAUUAAGAAAAUUGCUAAAACACAAUCCUGACAAGAGAAUGCAAUUCAAAAAAAUUAAACGACAUAAAUGGUUUUCAAAAGGUGAGCCAACAGUUAGCUCUUAG